AUGGAGAAUUCAAGUACUAACAAGUUUAAACAUGCAAUAUUCCAAGGUUUUUCAAAUAACGCAGAUGGAUGGAUCCCUCCACCUAAAGGCUAUGUUUGUGUGUGUGUGAAUGCUUCCAUUCACCAGCAAGGAGAUGCCAUUUGUGAGGGAGUGUUCCAAAACGAACAGGAAGAUUGGAUUCUGGGCUUCAGACGUGAAUUAGGGAGAGCAAUCAUCUCAGUUGCUGAACUUCUCGCUAUAAGAAUAGGAUUGGAGAUUUGUCACCAACAAAAAUUUCAGAAAAUCAAACUGUUCUCUGAUUCAUUAGAAGCCAUCAAUAUGCUUUCUGGGGAUUAUCAUUCUGAUUCUUCAUUUAAUGAAGUAACGGCAAUUCAUGAUCUUAUUUAUAGCAAUUGGGACUUUGUCAUAAAACAAACGUCCAGAGAGAAUUUGAAUUGUGCUAAUUACUUAGCUAAGACUGCUUACACUGUUGGAGCGAACACUAUUUUACUUUGGAACCGUCCCUUAGGUUGUUUAGACAUCUUGUUGUUAGAUAAGAGGAAUGCUUAA